AUGGCUCUCUCUCCCUAUAGAGUGGCGGUGUCGGGCCCUUCCUCCCAGCCAGCAACGUCACGCUCGGCCAGACCCUCCCGACAGGUGGUGGCGGUCCAAUCUGUCGGCAGGCCGCGGCUCCGACGAUCGAUCGAGUGCGUGCUGCAGUGGAUCAAUCAUCCUCAUCCACCUCCUGGAGUUCACCUGCAGAACCAUCCAAUGCGCAGACCCAUAUAUACAAGAGCUUGUAUAGGAAAUCCUGGGAAAUCAGGUGCUGGAGUCAUAAUUCGGCGGUUAGAUGGAUCUGUGCCCGCAUUGCACCAAAUCAUUGACCAAAUUGUGCAGAUCUGUAAGCUACAUCUUGAAGUUGCGAUUAAAAGGCAGGCUAUGCAGGAUUUGGCCGGCAGCAGCUCAGUUACUGAUCAGGCAUGCCAGUAUAUGGGAGGGCGAGAGCUGAGCGAAUUUUGCUUCUUGAAGAUGGAAAACCAGAUGCUCCAUGAAGAAUGCUCGCAGUUUGAGAUGGCAGAGAAGGAGCUACUACUCAAGGAACAUAAUCUGCGGCUUGAAAUUAGGAAGGUGCGGGAGCAAUACAAGAGCCUAGUGGACGAACACCUUUUGGUUUCAACUGUGCCGGCACAGUGUUAG